AUGGUACAAAUGGAUAAUGAAAGGGGUCUAGAGGAGAGCUAUCUCUCAAAACUGUACACAUCCCAACCAUCGACACUUGCUGAAGACAUCAAGAACUAUGUGUUAAGUCCGAAGGAUACAGGGAAUGAGAUAUUGUACUUGGAGAGAUAUAUAAGUAGCAAAAGCCCGGAUCUUGCCAAAAUCAUAUUUAUAAGCGAAGUUCUAGGGAAAUGCCUAAGGAGGCAUUCUGAGUUUAGAGAUUAUACCAAGCUUCUAGUGGCCUUGAUGGAGACAUAUAAGGACUAUCCACACUCCAUAUUCUGUCUUCGUGUGAUCAAGUCUGCUGUGGGAUCGAAGUUCUAUGUUCCACUGUCUUUUUACAUCCUUAGGAUAUUGGGAAAUGCAAUAUCUGUGAAGAAUCUUGUGGCAAGCGGAAGGAGAAUAAACUAUGAUAUGGUGGUCCCGGAUGCAGAAAGGACAAAAAGCGAGGAGCACCAGAUGUUUGUCAUAGAAGAGGCCGGAUCUCUCUUGCUGCAACACAUGUCAACGUUUUCAAGGAACAUUGGGUUUCCGGAGCUUGCAAGCGUUGUCAUUUGCGAGCUCAAGAAGCUUCGGAUAGGCAUCUAUAAGGAGAUUGUAGGGAAGAUAAUAUUUGAGAUCAACGAGCAAAAGGAGUAUGUCCUUGAAAAGAGAAGCAAGCUGAAGCUAAACGGUAUAGAUGGAAAAACAAUAUCUUUAUUUGAAAGUAGCAUUGAAAGAACUAUUGGAUAA